AUGCAAGAUAAGCACAGUACUAGUCAAACUGUACUUUCACUACAGCCUUUUAAUUAAAUUUAAUCUCUAGCUAGUCAACUUAGCUUACAGCAGUUGUAGAUUUAAUAGUAAAAUAAUAUAAACUUACUUAGUCAAACUCUAUUAUAAACCUAAGCAAACGGUAAUUCCAAUGAGAAAAACACAUUAGUUAAAUCCUGUCAAUUCAUAAGACCAGCCUGUGGUGUAACCAACUUUAGACGUAUUCAAGCAGAUGGAUUGGGAUCUUAAAAUUAAAUAAUUGGUUGA